AUGUAUGCGCCCGGCCACAGCCCGGAUUCCUCCAGGCAGACCAGUCCCGCCUCCAAAGACCAUAAUCCCCGGAAGCGUGGGAGAACCGCCUGCACUCGUUGCAAGACUCGAAAGCAAAGGUGCGACAACAAGUAUCCGACUUGUUCCAACUGCCUGAAGGCUGGGGUCACGUGCGACAAAUCAAGCGUGCGCGAGGAUGGUGACCGUCAAAAUGACUACACUCGUGCCCUGGAAGAAAGAGUCGCGUUUCUGGAGAAAAAGCUCGGACAGUCCGAGCCAUCCGCGAGUCAUAAUGCAGGGACCAACGUUGCACAGUCGAUGUGGUCCCCUCAAGGGAGUCAAACAACCCCACAGACAGCGACCUCCGGUCUGGACAACAAUCCAGUCGGGGAGAUCGUGGGCCUGUUAGCUCUCAGCUCAUCCGAAGCUCCUGCCUAUGUCGGCUCGAGCUCAGGUUUGGCGCUCGCCGCAAAUCUCGGAGAAAUGGUGCAGAGCAGCGUGUGGAACCAGUUUAUAUCAAAAACGCAACCACAGCUGAAUACUUGUGCAAGCACUGGCUCUCAGAAUACUCCAGCUUCUCUGCCAGGCUCCUCUCAGCAGGGUCAGGCUGGAGGCGGCUGCAGGAAUCGUACCAACGUGGAUCCUCCAACUGAUGAAAUGGGUUCGAAGAUGCUCGAGACUUAUUUCAGACGGCUCCAUUCACGGUACCCGUUUUUGGACCGAGGUCAGAUAUGGAAGAUGCACGAGGAUAGGUGGAGACUGGCGAAGAUAAAGCGCGAAGAUCUGUCACGGUCUGAUCGAUUUGCUAUUUUCAAAUUGAAUAUCGUUUAUGCGAUCGGUGCUACUAUGCUCCAACUGAGUGAAAAGUAUGCAUAUACUGCUCCAGAGCGAUUCUACACAACCGCCUUGCAGUACGUUCCUACAAUGUGCGAGGCCCGGUCCAUCGAAAAUAUAGAGGCAAUGGUCCUUCUCGUGGUAUAUCAUCUGCGUACUGCAACAAGCCAUGGAAUGUGGUAUAUGAUCGGACUGGCGAUGCGCACAGCUAUUGACCUUGGUCUUCACCGCAAAGCAAACGAGAUCAAUAUGGACCCAUUCACCGCUCAGAUGCGACGACGUCUAUUUUGGGUAGUCUACUACCUGGAACGAGUCGUGUCCAUGUCUCUUGGACGUCCGUUCAGCAUUUCAGACCGCCACAUUGACCUCGACCUACCAUUAGACGUGGAUGAUGAUGUACGCGACCCUGCGCUUCUUACAGCUCCCCAAGAUCCAACAAAGACGACAAAUUUGACCUUUGCGAUAUAUCUCUUCAAAUUACGCCGCAUCGACUCGCGUAUCCAGCAUAAAAUCUACCGUGCUGACCGACCUCUAUCCGCUUUGCGGCUAAAAAUGGAUCCGUUAUACCUUGAACUCGAACAGUGGAAGGAAUCAGCACUUCAGCGAUUCAGCGGCUCGGACCUAGACUAUCCUAUGCUCCAUUACAACAGGGCAGUGAGACUCUUGAUUCAACCAUUCCUCCCUCUUCUCCCCAUCACCGACCCCUACUAUCAUAUUUGUCUCCAAGCCGCCGGCGAGAUUUGCCAAUCGCAUAAACGACUCCACCAGACCCUCGAAUAUGGACAUUCCUUCUUAGCAGUGCAGACCGUCUUCAUGGCGGGCAUCACUUUGCUAUACGCUCUCUGGACACAUACAGACCAAGUUUGGUCUGUUCGCAUAAGCAACGACAUCCGCGCGUGUUCGACCGUGCUCUUCGUCAUGGGCGAGAGAGCAGCCUGGGUGAAAAAGUAUCGCGACGCAUUCGAGUUACUGGUCAAUGCAGCCAUGGAAAAGCUACAGGGAAACGAGACCGCUCGGAAUGCAGGAAUGGCCGAGCUCAUGACGGCUCAACAUGGCAUAACAUCUUUGAAUACUGCUGUGCCUGGCAUGCCAAACAGUGAAAAGUUCACCUCUGCGAAUCUGACCGGGCUAGCACCUGAGACUGCCGCUACAACUGCCGCAACGCCUCAAACGUAUCCAGCAGAUGAUAGCGACCAUGCAGUUCGAAUGGCUCUGCAGCUUGCACCUUGGAUCGACCAGGAUCAGAAUGAUCCCUUGUGGAUGCCAGAUUUUGAGACACUGGAAACCUUGUCCGGGACAUUCUGGAGCGGAGCCGAUACGACUCUUUUUGAUGCCUUAUAA